AUGGAUCAACGUUUUCUUAGUGUUAGUUUAACAAUUGAAUUUGAUCUUGCAUUUAUUGAACAUCCAUUACGACGUGUCAAAUACUAUCAUGAUCUUUGUAAUAAACAUAAAGAAUUAAUUUGUUAUUUUGAUGAAAGUUUAAUGUGUUUAUGUACUGAUGAAUUUCAUGCAAAUUGUUUUAAUUUAAAACGAUAUAAAUCAUAUUUAUGUCGUCGUAAUGACUAUUGUAUGAAUAAUGGAAAAUAUCUUCAAGAUAAACCAAUAUGUCCAUUAACUCUGAUUUGUAUUUGUUCAAAUUGUUAUUAUGGAGUUCGAUGUCAAUUUUAUGGUGAAGGAUUUAGUUUAUCAUUAGAUGUUAUUCUCAAUUUUGAAAUAAAACGAUAUGUUUCAUUUAUUGAACAACCAUUGAUGAAAAAAAGUAAACGAAUUGCAAAAAAGAUUAUAUUAUUUUUAAUAAUAUUUUCAAUUGUUUCAAAUAUUCAUGAAUCAAUACAUCGUCGAUUACUUGAUGAUAUUGAAGAAGAACGUACAUGGUGUCAAGUACGUUACUCACCAAUGAUGCAAAUAUUUAAUUCAAUUAUAUUAAUUAUUCAUUUUAUUAUUUCAUUCUCAAUAAAUCUAUUUUCAUCAAUGUUUGUAAUAAAAUCAAGUGCUGAACAACAAAUUAAAAUUAAUAAUAAACAUACGUUUCAUCAACUUUAUAUUCAAUUUCAAUUGCAUGAACAUCUUCUUAUAUCACCUUUGGUUUUAAUGUUAUUAGCGAUUACUCGUUUAAUUAGUUCAUUUACUACAGGAAGUAUUAAAUCAUCACGGAAUCCUUGGUUAUUUAUUCUUGGUUAUUAUAUUUCAUAUGUAUCACCAAUGAUUACUUUUAUUAUUUAUAUUAUAUCUUCAGAUCUUUUUAAAAACGAAUUUUAUCAAACAAUAUGGCGUAUUCAACAACAGUUAAGUCAAAAAUAA